AUGAAUUUUGAACGAUUCAAUGCACUGAACUUGAGCGGAAGGAGUCGUUCCAGGCAGCUCCUACGUGAGCGAGCGACGAUGCUGCAGCAGCAGUCGCCAAUGUGCCGAGGCAAUCGAACCCAGCAACAUUCGCAAGUGUUCAGCAAACCUAAUCAAUAUGUUUCAACAUUCAGCGAGAUAGCCUGCAGACAGCGAGAUAUUUACGAUCCCAAUUUGACUAACAUCAGUCGGAAGAAUCACCGCAGAGAUUUCAGUGUCCAUUCAUCACAGCAGCAGACAAGUGCAUACAGAAAUAUUAGAAAGAGGAAGCUGUCAGACAAGAACACUUCAGAAAUUCCGUUCACAAUCAGUGACGAUAGCGACGAUGAUGUCGACAACAAAAGUUGCUACCACGCGUCGCAGUAUUCAUUCCAAAAACAAAAUCAUCGUCACAGUCGUCGUCAUCACUUGUCCCAUUCCAACUGCUGCUACACGGACAAUGAAAAACAGAGGAAGGUCCUGUUGAAAUCCAUCACCUCGAUUAAUGAUGCUGACGCAAGAAGUAGGUCCUCUAUCUGCGACAACACCUUGGACGACAGCAGAGACCACCGACGGAUCAGUCGCAGCUCCAGCCGAUCAAGAUUCAUCAGGAGAUGCAGCAGCGUGAUUUCAUUUCGACAACUUCUGGCAGGCGCUGACAUGGCGGAUAAGGACAACGAAACGAUUUCUACAAAAAAUUCGCCUGACGAUACUAAAAACAACAAAGUCGAUAACAACGAAAACGAAAGUUCCAAAAAUUCAGUGGAAAACUCUGGAAAACAACGAACUGGAGAAAUUCUUGCAAAGUUGGACAUGAUGAGAAAAAAUUUAGCUGGAUACUGCUUACCAAAAUUUGGCAGGCAUUGCAUUCCAUUGAUGAAAACAUUGAAUAAGGACAACAUGUACGACAAUGUUCUGGAAGCAUGCAUUGGUCCUGCUAAAAACAACAACAUGAAGCAACCAAGUUUCAUGAAACGUCUCUUUCUUUCUAAACAACUCACCAACGUGACGGACGGUUUCUACAUCUCAUGCACGCUCCAAUCAGCUGGCAGAGUUCUAGUGACGUCACAAGGCCUGCUUCCAACUGUGAGGGUUGAUUUGGAGAACAUGGCUAACCUGGAGUCUCACUUUUAUUGGCUGAUGAAAGUUACGAGCGAUUGGUCCAUGAUGAGAAACUUGAAAGAGGUGAUGAAGAAAGAAAUUUCAAACUGCAAAAAAAUGGAUCGAAACAUUUUCCACGACAAAUACGCUAUUUUGAGGGCGGUCAACAUUCUACAGAAGGUAACAGGAAUUGAAAAGCUGGGCCAGCUGCACACCAGCAUCAUCAGCGGAAGCAACUAUAAUGUCUUCAUGUUCAUCAACGACAAUGUCAACGACGAAUCAUCUCUCACCUCCUCGCCAGCUCCAUCUUCUCUCUCGACACUAACAUGGAUGUCAACAGGCAAGUUAUCUCCGUCAACAGUUUCGAACAAGAAACAGAAAACGAGUGGAGUCUUGAAUGACCUGACCAGCCGCUGCCAGGAACUGCUGAUCGGAUCAAAAAAUUUGAACGAACAAUUGAAGGACGGAGUGUACAUAAGCUUCCUCUACAUGACUUGCCACGUGCAGCAUGGAUUGCAGGUUCUCGUUUCCAAAGAAACACCCAGCAACUUCCCAUCCAUCAGAAUCUGCGAAGAACACAACGGCAGCUCAUCGACCAUGGGCAACUGUACGAACAUUUUGAAAGGACUGAAAGAUGAAAAUUUUGAGAAUAUCGACGAUAACUUUAGAAGCAAAAUGUUUUCUACCAUGCGUCAGUUUGAUGACGUGACAUUCUCGCAGCUACCAAUAACUCCAAAAUCAUCACCAACAUCCUCACCUUCCUCAUUCGCUGGGGUAGCUGUCACCAACCGCCUACAUACAUCCAUCAUACCACUCAACGAUCAAGUUAAAAUGGUACUGCUCACCCCUCCGCAAUCUCUCUUCUGUCCCCUCAUCAGCCACACCCCUGUACCCCCUCUGCCGUCUACCUUCUUUCUACCCCUGCGUACUUUUGAAGUGGUCCAAAUGAGAUCCUACCAGCCGCAGAUCUACCGGAAGUAUUGUCAAGUGUCGGUCAUAAUGGAGAUGGCAGUGGAAAUGCAGAGGAACCGCAUGGCUGCUCAGGAUACUGGAAACAAACAUUCCCAGGGGGAGGACACCUCUGAACUGGUAUCGCUGAACUCAAGGCUGACUGAUUUGAAGAAGAAUAUGGAGGAAACCAUGAAGAAGUAUAGCUGGAUUGCUGAUCUCAUCAGGGAUGCCCGCCAACCUGUUUCGAAAAACUUCAUCAGCCGGCAACAUAUUUUGUUUUAG